UAUCCACACUGAGAAUGAUCUUUUGAAUGGCAAGAGGAGUAUAAAAAUGUGAUCUUCAGCUCAAGAUGUGCAGGAAAAAUGAAAAAGGGAGAGUGCCACCUAACAGUAAUAACAUCAAAAACCUGCAUAGUACAGAAGUUCCUGAUGGAGGAUGGGGAUGGUUUAUUGUAUUAAACUUUUUUCUGGUAAAUUUAACUACAAUGGGAGCACUGAAAACCUUUACAAUUUUCUUUGUGGCCUUCCAAGAAGAUAUUGGUGGUUCUUCUGAACAUGUCUCCUGGAUUGGCUCUAUUAUGUCUUCUCUCCGAUUCCUAGCAGCCCCGCUGGUAACCAUAGCAUGUGAAAUGCUCGGGGAACGGACAACGGCUUUGAUCGGAGCAUCAUUGGCUAGUGUUGGCUUUCUUUUCAGUACAUUAGCUACAGGCAUCUCCUUCCUCUGUGUAACUAUGGGAUUCCUAGCAGGAUUGGGUUUUGCUAUCUUGUAUCAGAUAGCAGCCGUGAUGACUGUUAAGUACUUCAAGAAACGCCUGGCUCUUGCCAAUGCAAUUGGCCGCUCAGGGAUGGGCCUGAGUGUUGUGUUAGCACCAUUUGCUCAACUACUAAUUGAAACAUAUGGCUGGCAAGGUGCUCUACUGAUAUUUGGUGGCAUAUUUUUGAACCUUCUGCCUUCCAGCAUGUUGCUACGGCCAGUGAAUGUUCAGAAAAUGAAAGAUGUAGGAAUGGGAAAUGAAGGCGCUCUAAUGUCUCCACCCUGUAAGUUUCCAGAAACGUGUGAAGAUAGCCUGGAUGAAAUCCGCAUCAUAGAAGUGGACAUGAAGGAUCAUUCCAGUCAGAAACGUGAUCACCAAAACAACCCACAACAGGCUGAGGAAGCACUAUUAACCCCAGUAAACUACAACUUGUUUGACAUGAAAGUAGAAGACCCCCUCCCAGGAACGUACCAAAAUAGGAAUGUCAACCAAGCUACCAGUCAAAGCUCCUUUCCAAACAAGGAAGAAAACUUCAAGCCAAAACUUUCCCCAUCUUUCCCCUGUAAACAGUGUCCUCUUGACUUUUCUCACCUAAAAAACCCCUUCUUCUACAUUUUCACAUGGUCCUUUCUAUUCAGCCAACUAGCCUACACAAUCCCAACCUUACACUUUGCUGCCAGAGCAAAAACUUUGGGCAUAGAGCCAAUGGACACUGCUUAUAUGAUUACGGUGGCUGGAAUUAUAGAGACAAUCACCUUAUUACUCUCUGGCUGGAUUGCAGAUCAAAACUGGAUCAACAAGUAUCAUUACCACAAAAUGUACCUCAUUCUUUGUGGAAUUACUAAUUUGAUGUGUCCCCUGGCCACAACCUUACCUCUGCUUACAACAUACUCUGUAAUCUUUGCAAUUUUCAGUGGAGGAUACCUUGCCCUGUUACUUCCUGUGCUGGUAGAUCUUGUAGGUGCCCCCAGUUUCCACAGUGCUUUGGGACUUGCCUCAUUCAUCGCUGGGUUUGGAAUCACCAGUGGACCUCCUCUUGCAGCAAAACCGACAUCUCCAUCAUCAGGAAGGAGCCCCCGGUGGUGCAAUGGGUUAAGCCGUUCUGCCAGCAGGACUGCUGACUGACAGGUCGACGGUUCGAAUCCAGGGAGAGUGGGUGAACUCCCUCUGUCGGCUCCAGCUCCCCAUGCAGGGACAUGAUAGAAACCUCCCACAAGGAUGAUACAACAUCAAACAUCCGGCCAUCCUCUGGGCAACAUCCUUGCAGACGGUCAAUUCUCUCACACCAGAAGCGACUUGCAGUUUCUCAAGUCACUCCUGACAUGAAAAAAAACUCAUCAAGAAGAAUAAAUUACAUAAGGACAGAGAAUAAAUAGAGAGGCAAUUGAAACAGCAGCACCUGCCACAGCUGAGAUAUGGGAAGUGAACAUUUUCCACUAUCGAAAUGCUUCCUAACAAUUCUUUUAAAAUCACCAUUGCCUUUGAAAUAAUCUCAAUUAUUCAUGCUCACUUACCAGUCUCCUUGGGGACCUAUUAUAAGGCAGAAAGGUGGGAUAUAAAUAUUUUCAACAAUAAAAACCAAAACUCAAGGAAUAUACAUGACCUAGCAUUUCUAACUGAGUUUCAUUUACAAAAUGUGUUUUAAUCUGUUCAAAGUUUCAUGGAAGUCACUUCCCUGAGAUGUCAAUACAGUCGAGUCUCACUUACCCAACAUAAACGGGCCGGCAGAACGUUGGAAAAGCAAAUAUGUUGGAUAAUAAGGAGGGAUUACGGAAAAGCCUAUUAAACAUCAAAUUAGGUUAUAAUUUUACAAAUUAAGCACCCAAACAUUAUGUUAUAUAACAAAUUUGACAGAAAAAGUAGUUCAAUAUGCAGUAAUGCUAUGUAGUAAUUACAGUAUUUACGAAUUUAGCAACAAAAUAUCAUGAUAUAUUGAAAACAUUGACUACAAAAAUGCGUUGGAUAAUCCAGAACGUUGGAUAAGCGAGUGUUGGAUAAGUGAGACUCUACUGUAACAUGAAACCAGACUGAUAGUUAAUGCUGUCACUUGUAUUGUGUUCUGUUUUACUUUUAUUGAUGUUUUUAAAUGUUACUUUUGUAUGCUUUUAUUCAUUUUAUGUAUCUGUAUUAAUUUUUUUGGAAGACAUCUUAAGUUUUAUUUGUAGAAAUAGUCUGAUUUAUGAAUUUAAUGAAUGAACAAACUGCGAUCUUGUGACUCUUCCUCAAUUCCUUCUUAAGACUUACCAUUUGGACCCAUUUCCUGGAACAUAGACAUUUCUUUUGCUCCUCUUGCCACAAACCACCUAUUUCUCAUCUGCGGAAGAGCAUCUCUAUAUUGAGUUAGAACUGUUGUGAAGGAUAUUGAGAAAUUGCAACCGUCACCUCUGUCAGAGUGAUAUAAGGCGUCCUUGUUAUGAAAGAUCAAGCAAAGUUUGAAUGAAAAUCUUAAUUACAGAUAAUAAAGACUUUUGUGUUGAAUAAUUAAAUAUGGAAUUGCAAUUAUGGAGAUGGCAAAAAAAACCCCCCACAAACACAUCCACAAUUGUUUCUGGAUAAAAAAUGUUUAAAAACAAUUCUCAUUUCUUCUGUAUGAUAUAUAAAGAGAAAAUGGCAAGUUAAAAUGUUGAGAAUCUAUUUUAUAUAGAAUGUAAUAUUUGCUGGUAAACAAAUUUUCUGAACUUUGUUGGACUGCAAAAAAUUGCUUCAUUAUUCAUGGUCUAAAUUGUACUUUUAAGUUUUCACUGAUUAACGAAAGGACAAUAAACGUAUUAACACUAAAAUGA